GCAGCCGGCCAAAGGGGAGGUGCGGGUGUGGAGCAGGCACAGGUCUGGGCCGCGCUCGGUGGUUGGCACCGGUUCGCACACCCAUUCAACCAGCAGGACGCACUGACCGCGCUAGCAGUUCUCACUGACCGCGCUAGCUGCGGCUUCUGCGCUCCAGCAUUCCGAGCUCAUCAGCAAACGCCCUGGCGUCUGUCCUCACCAUGCCUAGCCUUUGGGACCGCUUCUCGUCGUCGUCCACCUCCUCUUCGCCCUCGUCCUUGUCCCGCACUCCCACCCCAGACCGGCCGCCGCGCUCAGCCUGGGGGUCAGCGGCCCGAGAGGAGGGGCUUGACCGCUGCACGAGCCUGGAGAGCUCGGACUGCGAGUCUCUGGACAGCAGCAACAGUGGCUUCGGGCCGGAGGAAGACUCGGCUUACCUGGAUGGGGUGUCGUUGCCUGACUUCGAGCUGCUCAGUGAUCCUGAGGAUGAACACCUGUGUGCCAACCUGAUGCAGCUGCUGCAGGAGAGUCUGGCCCAGGCGCGGCUGGGCUCGCGGCGCCCUGUGCGCCUGCUGAUGCCUGGCCAGCUGGUGAGCCAGGUGGGCAAGGAACUACUUCGCCUGGCCUACAGCGAGCCGUGUGGCCUGCGGGGGGCGCUGCUGGACGUCUGCGUGGAGCAGGGCAAGAGCUGCCACAGCGUGGGCCAGCUGGCACUCGACCCCAGCCUGGUGCCCACCUUCCAGCUGACCCUCGUGCUGCGCCUGGACUCACGCCUCUGGCCCAAGAUCCAGGGGCUGUUUAGCUCCGCCAACUCUCCCUUCCUCCCUGGCUUCAGCCAGUCCCUGACGCUGAGCACUGGCUUCCGGGUCAUCAAGAAGAAGCUGUACAGCUCAGAACAGCUGCUCAUUGAGGAGUGUUGAACUUCAACCUAGGGGGGUCGUCAGUGCCUCCCAGGGCAGAGAAGACUGAACUUUUGCGGUGGAGACUUCGGGCAGGAGCUGAGGGACUGAUUCCUGUGGUUGGGAAAACAGGCAGCCACCUAAAGUGGAGGGUGAGGGAACAAGAGUUUCCCAGGAAGCUCAUUGAGUUGUGUGCAGGUGGCUGAUUAUUGGGGACAUAGACCCCUCAGUACUGUAGCAUGAAACAAAGGCUUAGGGGCCAACAAGGCUUCUGGCUGGAUGUGUGUGUAGCAUGUACCUUAUUAUUUUUAUUACUGACAGUUAACAGUGGUGUGACAGCCAGAGAGCAGCUGGGCUGCUCCGGCCUCGGCCUGGCCCGGGGUGAAGGGGCCGGUGCUCCUCAGAGCAGCUGGAGGGAGGGGGGAGGUCGUGGAGGUGGUUUGUGUAUCUUACUGGUCUGAAGGGACCAAGUGUGUUUGUCAUUUGUUUCAUAGCUUUUGUUUUUCUGAUCGGAGCAUCACUACUGACCUGUUGUAGGCAGCUAUCUUACAGACGCAUGAAUGUAAGAGUAGGAAGGGGUGGGUGUCUGGGAUCACUUGGGAUCUUUGACACUUGAAAAAACACACCUGGGAGCUGCGGUCAACCCUUCCCCCAUGGAGUACUUCGGAGCUGAGCUGGGAGGGGAGGGGCCAAGAGGGUGGGGGCUGGAACUCCUCCCCUGCAGGAGUGCCAUCUGGGUCUUCCAUCUAGAACUGUUUACAUGAAGAUAAGAUACUCACUGUUCAUGAAUACACUUGAUGUUCAAGUAUUAAGACCUAUGCAAUAUUUUUUACUUUUCUAAUAAACAUGUUUGUUAAAACA